UCAGCUGCUUUGGCUGCGCUGUAAGUUUACUGUAUACGGGAUGCGUUUGCAGUUUUGAAUACGUAUUUCAGAGUGUUCAGACUCACCUCAAGUCAUAAAGCGAAAUAGUGACAAAUAAAUUUAAUAUUAUCCAGAUUUAUACAGUACAGCAUCUAUCGGACCGUGGUUUGAAAUUCUGUUGUAUUCUUCCCUAAUCGCAUUCCUUAAAUUAAGCCUGCAAGAUGAAAACUCUUGGGAGCCUUCUCCAAGUUCCGCCAAAGACUCUUAACUCCGAAACUUUGUAUCUUGUAGGACUGGUGACUGUGGCUGCGGUUAUUCACUUGAUCUCCAUGUCCAUUCGCGUGGGCAGUGCCCGUCACAAGUACAAGGUGGUGCCACCGAAAAUCGACGGACCCGCGCCAUUCAAUUUGGUCUACCGGGCACAUCAAAAUUCGGUGGAGAAUUUCCCUAUAUUUCUUGGAGCGUUAUGGACCGCAGCAAUCUUUUUCCACCAGAUUCCGGCCGCGAUUUUCGGAGUGUUUUACAUCGUUGCUCGUGAAAUCUACUUCCUGGGUUAUAGUUCCAAGGCUGAACGACGAGGCCUGGGAUUCGCGCUGAGCUUCUUGUCCCUUUUGGGCCUGGUUGCCUUGGCGUCCGUUGGCGCUGGAGCGGCCGGUUACCGUGCUUACCGUGGUCAGGACAUUUUGAAAGGAUGGCUCCAGUAUAUUCCCGUCCCGUACCUGUGAGAUGUUCGUCGAUGCGCACAACUGGUGUUUUUGGCUAUGUUUUUCAACAUUUCCUCUUAUUGAUUUCAUUUUGAUUCGAAGUAUUUAUAAUCGGGAGUGUGGUUUUACCGUUUAACGUACCUAUCGAUUUGUUUUAAUUGGGUGUGGGUUUCGCAGAGAUUGAGUUUUUUUCCUUUUUAUCUGUGACUAGUCUAGAUUGGUACCGGUUAUUCUUUAGUUGCCUUCUGGAAAUCGUAAGAUAUUGCUAUUUAUUACAUUCCACCAAAAACUUACAUUCGAAUUAGUUCAGCUCUUGAGUAGGUUUCGAUUAUGAAAGUGGACAAUGCGCAAGCAGCUUGUAAUCCUUUCUUGUAAACAAAACAAAAUGGAAAAUUAAUUCAGUAUUGUACAACUGCAGCGCUAGAAAAUAACAUCA